UGGGAAUGUUAGUGGACAUGUCAUACGAGCGGAGGUGGAGACGCACCUGGGGAAUUACAAGAAUAAGCAACCGUGCGUCCUCUUAAUGGAACUUUCCCGGACCUGCGACAUGCAUUGAGCUCCAGCUGCGGAAUAAAGACAACAUGUACACGUCCGAGCGCAGGCGGAUGAGCCUGCGAGAGCUGAAGAGGAAGGAUCCAGUCUGGGUGUCAGCUGGGAGUUUGUGGCAGGACUCUCUGGCGAUAGAGCUGAGUGCCAGCAGCGGCUCGGGUAAACCGAUCGUCUCUCCACGGAGUCGGAGCAGAGCGGUGUCCGUGGCUUACAUUGUCAACGAGGACGCGUCGGUGCCGCAGACUGAAGAGAACUUGUCGCUAAAAUGUCUAAAGGAAGCCUGUGCGGACGCGCACGCUGCUUUUAAAACCAUUUCUUUUGAGAGAAUAUCACUGGGAACCACAGACAUCCUGGAUAGUUUCUACAAUGCAGAUGUAGCAGUGGUGGAGAUGAGUGACACUUUCUGCCAGCCUUCUCUUUUCUACCACCUCGGAGUCAGAGAAAGUUUCAGCAUGACCAAUAAUAUAAUUCUCUACUGUUACAAACAAGAUAGUGAUCUACAGGCGGUCAAGGAGCAGUGUGGCAGCUACACCUUCAUCCCUUACGUAGUGUCACCUCAGGGCAAAGUGUUUGCCUGCGAUGCCACAAUGAUGACUUGUAUCAAAGAGCUGAUGCAGCCUAGUUUCCAGCUGGAGCCCCUCCUUACGCCGCUGGUGGAGAGACUGGUGCAUCUGCUGAACAAUGUGCACAUUCAGUCCAGUGAAUACUUCCGCGAGUCAAUCAGGCAUGAGAUUCGCAUGGCACGCGAGAGGUUCAGCGGCCAUGCCCUGAGUGAGGAGUUGAGUCGUAUCCAGAAACGUUUGGACAGUGUAGAGCUGCUCACCCCUGAUAUAGUCAUGAACCUGUUGUUAUCCUACAGGGACAUACAGGACUAUGACGCCGCGAUCAAACUGGUGGAGACUCUAAACAACCUGCCAAUGUGCCUGGUAGCAAGACAUCAGAAUAUCAAGUUUCACUAUAUAUUUGCUCUAAACAGGAGGAAUCACCCUGGAGAUCGCGCAAAGGCUUUGGAAUUAAUUCUGCCAAUUGUAGAGUCGGGGAACAAGGUGGCAUCAGAUGUCUACUGCCUGUGUGGACGGAUCUACAAAGACAUCUUCAUGGCCUCAGGCUUCACUGACCAGCGCAGCAGAGACCAGGCCUGCUACUGGUAUGGAAAAGCUUUUGAGACAGAGCCAACCCUUCACUCAGGCAUCAACAACGUGGUCCUCUUGAUGGCAGCUGGCCAUGAAUUUGAGACUUCUAUUGAACUGCGUAAAAUAGGUGUGACUCUAAGCACCCUGCUUGGGAGAAAGGGUAGUUUGGAGAAGAUGAAGGACUACUGGGAUGUGGGAUUCUACCUCGGUGCAAACAUCCUCGCUAGCGAACACAGAAAAGUCAUUGAGGCCUCUGAGAAGCUCUACAGACUCAAGGCCCCUAUUUGGUUUGUGGCAUCCAUUAUGGAGACCUACAUACUGUACCGUCAGUUUGCCAAGCUGCCGGAGGUGAGAUCUCCAAAACAAGAUAUAGGGGACUUCUGGAUGGAGCUGCUUUUGCAGACCUGUAAACCCACCAUCUCAACAGACCGCUGCCCAGUACUCGUUCUGGAACCCAGCAAAGUCCUCCAACCAGCUAUUGUCUGUGUUAGCGAGGAAGAUGAAAGUCGCACUGUCCAGUUAAAACACGUCACAACCUUAAAGAAAGGCUUACACCAGUGGACUUUCCCAGCGUCCGCAAUUCGGGGAGUGAGUGCUUCAAAGAUUGAUGAGCGGAGCUGCUUCCUCUACGUCCACUACAACUCAGAUGACUUCCAGCUCUGCUUCCCUUCUGAGAUUCAUUGUAAAGGUUUCUGCGAGCUGGUAAACUCCCUCCUCCAGCAGGCUGAAGACACAGCUCAUGACCUCGAACAUCUAACUGAGGGAAUACUAGAGUACGUCUAUGAGACCAGCGAGAACGGCAACAAGGUGGUUCUCGGUAAAGGGACGUACGGUGUUGUGUACGCAGGACGAGACCUGAGCAACCAAGUACGCAUCGCCAUCAAGGAGAUCCCUGAGAAGGAUAGCACGUACUCCCAGCCCCUCCAUGAGGAGAUAGCUCUACACAAGAGGCUUAAACACAGAAAUAUUGUCCAGUACCUGGGUUCUGUCAGUCAGGAUGGUUUCAUCAAGAUCUUCAUGGAAGAAGUACCGGGAGGAAGUUUGUCGUCUCUUCUGCGCUCCAAAUGGGGUCCUCUGAAAGACAAUGAAGCCACCAUCAUCUUCUACACCAAGCAGAUCCUUGAGGGCCUCAAGUACCUUCAUGAUAAUCAGAUAGUCCACAGAGACAUUAAGGGUGACAAUGUAUUGAUCAACACCUACAGUGGAGUGCUGAAGAUCUCUGACUUUGGAACCUCGAAGCGGUUAGCAGGGAUCAACCCCUGCACUGAGACGUUUGCUGGAACGCUGCAGUACAUGGCGCCGGAGAUUAUAGACCAAGGGCCUCGAGGUUAUGGGAAGCCAGCAGACAUCUGGUCCCUGGGGUGCACUAUCAUAGAAAUGGCAACAGGCAAAACACCCUUCCAUGAGCUGGGAAGCCCUCAGGCAGCCAUGUUCAAGGUGGGCAUGUUUAAGAUCCACCCCAAGGUUCCAGAGUGCAUGUCAGAUGAAGCCAAGGACUUCAUCAUGAACUGUUUCGAACCAAACCCGGACGACAGAGCCUCGGCUACAGAGCUGCUGAAGGACACCUUCCUUAGAUCUUCCCCAAGAAAAAAGGCUAAAGCUCAACAGGAAUCAGGGUCUAAAGACUUUCUUUCUACAGCUGAUUAUCAGCGCAGCUUGUCCGUGCCCAUCUCCAUCCUUGUUGAGGACACUGAUUCCUAUUCUGGCUCGAUUGAUCUGUCUUGUUCUCUGGACCUGAGGAGGCACCAGUCAAUCCCCAGAGCGGAUGAAAUCCCAGAGAGCCCACCCAGCACCAGCAGCUUUUUGUCAAUACAAGACGACUCUGCAACGGACCUGAGCAGUCCGGCCACAACAGAGGAGAACAUUGGUCUUUUUAUGCUGAGAAAGGACAGCGAAAGGAGAGCGACACUGCACCGAGUUCUCACCGACUACAUCAGUAAUGUCGUCUCAAAUAUACGGGAGUCUGUGCCUCAGUAUGGUGAAGGAUCAUCGCUCACUGCAGAGCACAUCACCACACUUAUUACCUGCAUGGGAGACAACAUCCGCUCCCCAGACAGGAAACAGCUGACCAGCGUCCUGCUGGACCUACGAGCGACGCUGCUUGCGGCUGCAGUACCUCUGAACAGCCUACAGGCGGUGCUCUUUAGCUUCCAAGAUGCAGUGAAGAAGGUGUUGAGGCAGCAACAGGUGAAACCUCACUGGAUGUUUGCUCUGGAUAAUCUGCUGAGGCAGGCAGUACAGGAUGCCAUAACUGUACUACUACCAGAACUGAAACUCCAGCUGCAGUCCUCGUUUGAGAAUGAAGACAGCACCCCCGAGGAGCAGUAUGCUGACCCAGACACUCCCGUAGCUCUCGUCCCCGACCACCUGGUGGCGCUGGCAGACACGCAGCAGCCAACACCCAUGAAUGGGAUCCUGCCUCCAGAUAGCCCUAACUCCCCCACAGACCUCGUCCUUAACACCAACUGUCCCCUCAGUGAGAAGCUGAGAGACCUGCGAAUAGAGACCAGGAGACUGCUGAGUCAGCUGAGUGAAAAAGAGAGAGAGUACCAGGAGCUACUGAGGAACACUGUCCAGAAGAAACAGGAACAGAUAGAUGCGCUGAGGAAAGCAGCAGUUACUGAAGAUGGUGAGUUGGCUUCACGGAAAACCUCUAAUCCAGAGUUGAAGGCUUUGGUACGCUGGCUCAAGUCUGUCCCCGUGGAUCAAGACACUAUUGAUAAGUUGCUCUCUCAUGGAUUCACCUUGGACUGUCUCCUCUACAUGGCCUCCAGGGAUGACUUGAUGUACUGUGGAAUAAGAGGUGGCAUGCUGUGUCGAAUCUGGGCAGCCAUCACAGCUCGCAGAAAGACCCAGCUCAGCACACACAAUGAGGACUGCGAGGACACUCCUCUUUAAUGGCUGCUGAUGUUGUACAUCAAAGGACAGGUUUAUUGACAGGCUGGCCCUGUGUCAUCCGGAGGAAAAAGAGGCACUGGCGAACAUAAGUGCCUCUGCAAAGGAGCUGAUGUAAAGCAGGAUGGAUUUUUAGCUACUUUGUUGAACUGUGAAUGUAUUUUUAAAAGGAUACUGACUACUGCUUCUAGUUUUUGUGCAUAUAAGGGAGCAUCCACAAGUCUGCUAAAGUUACAAGCACCUUUUUGGGGUUUUUUUUAAACAUUUUCUCAGGGCUUUGGCAAGUGGGACUGCAAUUAUGCCUCGACAAAAAGAAUGCAGAGAAGAGUGUUAAUGAAUCUGCAAACAAACAAGUUUAAAUGCUGUUUUAAUGUUUCUUUCCGAUGACGCUGCUCGACUGUGUUUUACAAUAAACUAAGCAGGAUCUAAGUUAUUAGGAGCAUACUGCUUUAAGAUGAAUGCCUCUGCAUUCUCAGGGAAAAAAACAAAACAUGGGUUAUUUGUACGAUACAUCCUGUUAAAAAUUAAUUCAUAUAAUAAACAGGAACAUUUAAUCUCUCAGACUUGCUUGUUAUCUGCACACAGCCGGUUGUUGGUAACAGGGUGAGGGUUUUUUUUUUUCUUUUCGAGGGAGUGACGUCUCAUGGAAGAAGUGAUGAAUAGUGGCGAACAGUCUUUAAAUUCCACGUCUGUUUCCUCAUCUGUUUCACGAUGUUGACAUCUCCUUAGAAACGGUGAUGUAAGCGUUGUGUGUGUGUGAAUGUGUGUGUGUCUCUGUGCUGUAUUGGUGAGGCUGUGUAGCUCUACUGUUUGACUUUUGGAGAGUCAAGUUGAUAAUUUUUGUUGAUGUUUUAUCUAGUCCUCAGUUCUUCGAUGUGUAAGUGUUAAACUAUAUAUUUAAACUUUAGAAACUAGGUAACUGAGUAAUGUAAAGAAUGAAAAUGUUUGAUCUAGGUUCUGGUUACAAGGAUAUGAUAUAUUUAGAGACCGGUUAUGACUCCAGGUCCCCAUCACACUCACUUGCAUGACUGCUGUUGUAUGGUUUGUGCAAAACUAAAUCACGUAAUGUAUAUAAUUGAAAAUUAAUUUUAGUCUGUGCAAAUGUUGCGAAUGAGCUCCAAUGACUUGUUAGACAUUAAUUAACUCUCUUAAAGAAUAAUAGUGAGCUGA